AUGACUGGACGGUACAUUCCCCCCGCCCUCCGCGCGAGAGGCGAUCAGCAAGUUGGCGAGGCCAGCAACCGCGAUAGAGACAUUGGCUCCACGCUGCCACCCUCCGGCCCGCGUGGAGGGUAUUACAGUCGACCACUGACGAGCAGAUCGGACGCUAUUCUGGACGGCGACGACCUCUGCUCUCCAAAGGAGAUUGACCGCCAUUUCUGGCAGAUCCGAGAGUACGAGGAUCCCGGGACCAGACAGAAGACGUUGCAUGAUUCGGCUGCCACGCCGGGGGUGGUGAGCUACGUGCUGCUGUUCAAGGACGCGAAUCCGCGAUGGGACGAGGAUGGAGUCAUCUUUACGAAAUCAAGUUUGGACUUGUUGCCUGCUGAUCUUGCAGAUAAGUCUAAGGAGAGAGGUGCUGCUGCUGCUGCGGAUGGGACUCUGGGUGUAAAUGACAAGGCCUCUUCAACCUCUCACGGCGACCGUCACGAGAACAGUGGUGGGAAUGAGACAUCCGGACAAGAGCACGGAGAGGCCCAACAACGACAACAAGGCGAUGUAGCAGCUACAUCUACCACCUCACCCAAAGCCGAAAAGCUACAACCACGCCCAGGCCCCAUUGCGGUCUUCAGUCAAGUCCGGCGCACUCAAUUCGACUCCUCACGCAGCUUCAAAUUCGCGGGGUACUACCGCAUCGUCCGUCUUUCCUUCCUCCAACCCCACUCACCCGACCUGGUCCGCAUGCUGGAGCAGAAGUGGAGCCUGAGAAAUCCGCGCACGGGACAGGUGAGGCAGAGACAGAGAGACCCGGGCGCGUGGCAGGAGAGUCUCAAGAUGAAGUGGGCUGUGGUCAAGUUUGAAAGGGACGAGGAGGCGAUGAAGAGUCUGGGGGAAUUGAAGAUUGAGAGGCUCGACGACGAUGACCAGGAGGCCGAGGGCGGUGAUGGGGAGGGAUUGUCAGGUGGCGCGAAUGGAGGACAUGGUCGGAGGAUGAGUGGCCGGAAGGGACAGAGAAAGGGGGUUAAUGAGAUGUUGCGGGAGUUGAGAAUGGGUGAUGGUGAGGCGAACAAGGAGAAGAAUGAGAGGGAGCAAGAAGAGAAAGGCACGGCCUGA